CAUUUUGGCGCCUUCGCCUAGGUGCCGCUCGCCGCGCUCGUCGCCGCUGCCCUCCCCUCCCCUCCCCCCAGAGUCCGCCGGUGUCCGGUCCCCGCCUCGGCCGCCGCUGGGUCCUCGCGGCCCCUCCGGGAAAGCAAAGAUGAAUGUGAUCGACCACGUGCGGGACAUGGCGGCCGCGGGGCUGCACUCCAACGUGCGGCUCCUUAGCAGCCUCCUCCUCACUAUGAGCAACAACAACCCUGAAUUAUUCUCUCCAUCUCAGAAGUACCAGCUUUUGGUCUACCAUGCAGAUUCUCUCUUUCAUGAUAAAGAAUAUCGGAACGCUGUUAGCAAGUACACGAUGGCCCUACAGCAGAAAAAGGCCUUAAGUAAAACAUCUAAAGUGCGACCUUCCACUGGCAGUGCUGCUUCAACUCCUCAGAGUCAGUGUCUUCCCUCUGAAAUUGAAGUGAAAUACAGAAUGGCUGAGUGUUACACGAUGCUAAAACAAGACAAAGAUGCAAUUGCUGUCCUUGAUGGGAUCCCCUCAAGACAGAGAACCCCUAAAAUAAACAUGAUGUUGGCCAACUUGUACAAGAAGGCGGGUCAGGAGCGCUCCUCUGUGACCAGCUACAAAGAGGUGCUGAGACAGUGCCCGCUGGCUCUGGACGCCAUUCUAGGUUUAUUGUCCCUUUCUGUAAAAGGUGCGGAAGUGGCCUCUAUGACAAUGAAUGUAAUUCAGAGCAUUCCUAACUUGGACUGGCUUUCAGUGUGGAUCAAAGCCUACGCCUUUGUGCACACUGGUGACAACACCAGAGCUAUAAAUACCAUCUGUUCUCUAGAGAAAAAGUCCUUAUUGAGAGAUAAUGUGGACCUACUGGGGAGCUUAGCAGAUCUGUACUUCCGAGCUGGGGAUAACAAAAACUCCAUUCUCAAAUUUGAACAGGCCCAGAUGUUGGAUCCCUAUCUGAUAAAAGGAAUGGAUGUCUAUGGAUACUUACUAGCACGAGAAGGACGACUCGAAGACGUUGAAAACCUGGGCUGCCGCUUAUUUAAUAUUUCUGAUCAGCAUGCUGAGCCAUGGGUGGUGUCUGGAUGUCAUAGUUUCUAUAGCAAACGAUACUCUCGGGCCUUAUAUUUAGGAGCCAAGGCUAUUCAGCUCAAUAGCAACAGUGUCCAAGCUUUGCUGCUGAAGGGAGCAGCCCUUAGGAACAUGGGCAGAGUUCAGGAAGCCAUAAUCCACUUUCGGGAAGCCAUACGCCUCGCUCCUUGUCGGCUGGACUGUUAUGAAGGUCUCAUUGAAUGUUAUUUAGCCUCUAACAGCAUUCGGGAGGCAAUGGUAAUGGCCAACAACGUCUAUAAAACCCUCGGAGCAAACGCACAAACCCUCACCCUUCUAGCCACUGUGUGUCUUGAAGAUCCAGUCACCCAGGAGAAAGCGAAGACCCUGCUGGACAAAGCCCUGACCCAGAGGCCAGACUACAUUAAGGCAGUGGUGAAGAAAGCAGAGUUACUUAGCAGAGAACAGAAAUAUGAAGAUGGCAUUGCUUUGCUGAGGAAUGCACUGGCCAAUCAGAGUGACUGUGUGUUACAUCGAAUACUGGGUGAUUUCCUGGUAGCUGUCAAUGAAUAUCAGGAAGCUAUGGACCAAUACAGUAUCGCUCUCAGUCUGGAUCCCAACGACCAGAAGUCUCUAGAGGGGAUGCAGAAAAUGGAGAAGGAGGAGAGUCCCACCGAUGCCACUCAGGAGGAAGAUGUCGAUGACAUGGAAGGAAGUGGGGAAGAAGGGGACUUGGAGGGCAGUGACAGCGAGGCGGCACAGUGGGCUGACCAGGAGCAGUGGUUUGGCAUGCAGUGAGGCCUCUACGAUCCCCUUGGAUGGUAGCAGCUCAGAGUGGCCCGAGCAGAGCCUGGGGCAUCCUCGGCUGGGAAGAAUACCAUGUUAGCUCAACGGGGAAUUUGGUUUUCUCACUCUCUAUUCUCAGUUGUAACUUCGUUUUUGAAAACUGAGCCUGCCGAGCUCUCCGAAUCUCUGUCCCCUCCCUGCUCUUACCACGAGCAGUCUGGGAAGCAUGCAAGCGUGCUCGAGCUCUGGGACAAAAGACGGUCUUUGUGCACUUUGGUUCUAAGUCUCUGACUAAGAUGCUUCAUAGGGAAUGUGGCGGUGCAACGGAAAAGAACACCUGCCCCAGGGGAAGUGUGUGUGCCCUUGCUGGUUUCUGAAGGCGGUGCAGGUUGGCCCUUUCAAAAAAUUUCCCAUUUGCUAACAACUCCCACAGGCUGUUCAAAAUCUCCCUUUUGAUUUUGCUUCUUUCUGCAGUGUUGGUAAUGCCUUAAACUGAGACUUGACAUUUUGCAAACAUUUUCCUAUUUGAUAAUCUAGUGACUUGCCUGUCGAGCUCAGGCCAUGAUCUUCGUCAUUGGCUAUAGCUUAUCACAGAGCAGUGAAUGGGAGCCCCGUUUCUUAAGAUCCCUGGCUCUGCAUUUGCUGCAGUUAUAGAAUAAAGCCACUUUUGGGGUACAGUAAUGGAAUUCCUCUGGCAGAAAAUGAAAGCCACUCUGCAGUUUUGGUUACGUCUUUUCUCCUGUUCUGUCUGGUCUCCAGGAAUAGCCGCAGAAUUAAUUUUUUUGUUAAAGGUUUUAAAAUGAUGCUGCCUCAUCUGUGUGUGGCCGUCAUUGUGUGCCAGCUGCGCCUCUGCUGGUAGCUCCCUAACAAACUGGUUCAGGGCCAGAAAUGUCGGCCACACAAUCUCCAUCUCCCCCCAACCCCAUGUCUUAAGUACCUGAAGUAGAAACUGACCCAAGCCAUGGUUUGAACUUUUGUGCUUAGUUGACUUGUCUGUAGCCUCAUCUGCUUCAUGUGGUAAAAGGAUCCCUCUAAAGCAGGCUCCCCCUGCUUCUCAGAACCAAGCUGUCUGCAACCCAACCUGCGGUUCCUUCAAGAUCUGUUCUUUGUCACUUGGGAGGUGGGGGGGCGGGGUAGGUCUGCUUUCUUGAUCUGCCCUCAUCUGUCUCCAGAUGUGAAGCAUGCAUAAAGAUAGGUGAUGAAGGCCCUUCUGGGCGAGAUGCCCCAGAGUGGAGGUGCACUGCUGGACUUAAAUGUGAGGCUGAUGUGGCAUCCUUUGCCAUGGUCCUUAAAGCUACAAGCUUGGCUCCUCGUGGGGCAAGCCUUCCUGCUCUUUCCUUCCAGGUGGUCCAGCACUAGGUGAUGGAUGUUCAGACCCCAGGGAAAGCUGAUUGUGCUGGGCUGCUAGAUGGGAGGGCUUCUCUUAGCUCAGGGCGACAUAAGGGAGCAGCUCCACUUCCACCUUGUGCUCUUGCUUUCAGCAGUGAAAAUAGAAGGGGUGAUUAAUGGGAGAGCAUCACCUUGUGUCUGGUUUGGAGCGCUGAGCAGGCUCCCUCUAAUCAAAGCAGUGCUCCUCCUCCUAGCCCCUCAAACACGAGCUCUCAAAGGCCUUUGGGGGUCACUUAGCACCUCUUCUUGUACCUGUUGCUCUGUGGGCCUGCGACUCCAGGCCAAGGUGCAGCCUCCCCUUGAUGCCUGCUGACAGCAGGAGAUGUGUUAGAUCCCACAGACAAGCCUGGGAAACCUGAUUAACUAGGUCCCCAGCCUCCGAGUGAUCUCUGGGUAACUCCCAAGCUGCUCUUCUGGUCCCUGGGGGGAGAGCACUGUGAGGGAAGGGCCAGAUUCAGGUUUUCCGCUUCCUUUGGGAACCUUGGCUGGACAUGAGACCAGAGGAGGGCUGCCAGGGUACUAGGCAGAGUCUCCUGGCUGGCCGAGUGUUAUCAGUAAGUGGGCGAUGGUGGGCUUGCUGUCAUAGGACUCCCUAUAGAGUGCUGUGAGGUGGCAUGGCAAGUGUUGGCAGCCCCGUUUUACAGAAGAUUGAGUAACUUGCCAGCGAUGACCUUGCUUCUGAGUGUUCAAGCUGACAUUUGAACCCAGGUCUCCUGACUUGUUGGCAUUUACAAAGGUUGAUGGUUCAUGGUUUUUUAACUCUUGGGGCUUUACAGGCCAUAUUGAAAUGGGCCAACUGGGUUGUAUUUAGCAGUUUUUAAAUUAGGCCAGGACAGCCAGCUCCUCUUAACCCCUCCAGCCUAACUUUCCCUUCUGUUUGUGUCUGCUCAGGGAACACACACCCAUUUAACAUGUCGCCAGGAAGGUCUUUGAGAUGUUAAUGGUGCUGCUGGUGGGACAACUGGGCUGUCAGGCAUUUUCUAGGACAGAGUGAGGCAGAUGGUUGCAACUCACCUAUCUUCUCUUCUGGAAGCCCCACUUCAGCUCAGUGCAUUUAUCAGGUGCAUGCCUACUGUGUGUCUGACACUGCUAGAUGCUAAGAAUACCAACCAACCAACUGCUGCUACUCCCAAGAAGUUACUACUGGGAGAUACAGUGUGUACACAAAGGACUAAAAAUAAGACCGUAACUCUUGGAGAUGAGGAGAAACGUCCCAUGCAUUCUCCUGUGAAUCAGAGCACAGCCCCUCAGCUGAGCGCAAGCGGUGGAGGAGAUGGGUGGAGGUAGAGCAUCCAGGCUGGGAGGCCUUUCCUGCGUCACUGUAUGCAGGGAGACUGGCUGUGGGAGAGCAGGCACCGUACUGUAGCCUUCCUGGAGAGAAGGCAAAGUUUCUAUCCUGUGUGGCUAACCCCUUUAGCCCAGCAGUAGCCCUACUAGGCCUGUGCCCCAAAGAGAUCACAGAAACAGGGAAAGAACCAAUAUGUACAAACCUUGAUAGAAGCUUCUUUUGUGGGGGAUGUUGGAAGAAAGUGAAGCUAUGUGAAUGUAAUGGAAGGCUCUUGCACUGUAAGAAAUGGGGACGGGGCCUGGAGACAUGGGAAGACUCAGAUGAACUGAUGCAUGCAUGGAGCAGUGAGCAGAACCAGACGGAUGCUUUCCAUGGUAACAGCACUGUUAUAAAGACAAGACUGGAUCAUUGUGGGGACUGAGCCCAACUUCAGAAGACCGGGGAUGAAGCAGGGGAACCUUCCUCCCAAAUGAGACGUACACACCCUUUAUGGACAGAGCCAAUGUUAGGAUUUGUUUUGCUCGACUAUGCAUAUUUGUUACAGGGGUUUUCCUUCUUGUUUUGAUUUUUUCGGGGGAGGGGGGAGGUGGAGAGGGAGAAAAAAAUAGAUUUUUGUUAAUUGAAAAAAAUAAAAUUAAUUU